AUGAAUUUCUCGUAUAACGCAGCGCAUUCGGACCCUCAUCGAGGCGCAGACAGGGCGCUGAUUAACCAGGUCACUAAAUAUCUCAAGUGGCCCUUGGAAAAGCUGUUCCGAGAUCUCCGCGAUCUGCAUCCUCCCACGCUUGCGGAUUCCGAGAAGGGAAGUCUCGUUUGUGAUUCGAUCACGAGAAUCAUUCGACCAGGAUGGGCUCGGAACACGAAUGGCAAAUGGCUGGUCGUCAUUAACACCGCCUACCAUAUCCAGACAGUCACCGAAAUAAAAUGUCGUUCCGAGGGCACAGCGUGUGCCUUCAUCGCGCCAUGUUUCCAUAGCUCCUGUCAACAGCGGUACAACAUUCAAUCACUCCUGGUUAUCGAUCCCAACAACCACUACAAGGGACCCUUCGUAUCACAUUUUCUGUUCCCCUCAAGCUGCGUCUGCUUUGUUCCGGACCCGAAGCUCGUGGUGCAGUCGCAAUGUCAGGCCGCUUCGAAAUACGGCUCUUAG